UGUUUAUAACCCGGGAUGCGCCACGCAGCCGGCCCUGCUCCACCGCCCGCCACCGCCGCCCGGGCCACGAGUGGUUCGCCGAGCCGGGAAGUCGGGUUCCAGAAGCCGGGAAGCCGCACGUCCCAUCCAAGACGAGAUGUCCAGCAAAGGCUCCGUGGUUCUGGCCUACAGUGGCGGCCUGGACACCUCCUGCAUUCUCGUGUGGCUGAAGGAACAAGGCUAUGACGUCAUCGCCUACCUGGCCAACAUCGGCCAGAAGGAAGACUUUGAAGAAGCCAGGAAGAAGGCGCUGAAGCUCGGGGCCAAAAAGGUGUUCAUCGAGGACGUCAGCAAGGAGUUUGUGGAGGAGUUCAUCUGGCCGGCCAUCCAGUCGAGCGCGCUGUACGAGGACCGCUACCUCCUGGGCACCUCCCUCGCCAGGCCCUGCAUUGCCCGGAAACAAGUGGAGAUCGCCCAGCGGGAGGGAGCCAAGUAUGUGUCUCACGGCGCCACAGGAAAGGGAAAUGACCAGGUCCGGUUUGAGCUCACCUGCUAUUCACUGGCCCCUCAGAUUAAGGUCAUCGCUCCCUGGCGGAUGCCUGAGUUCUACAACCGGUUCCAGGGCCGCAAUGACCUGAUGGAGUAUGCGAAGCAACACGGAAUCCCCAUCCCGGUCACCCCCAAGAACCCGUGGAGCAUGGACGAGAACCUUAUGCACAUCAGCUACGAGGCUGGAAUCCUGGAGAACCCCAAGAACCAAGCGCCUCCAGGCCUCUACACAAAGACCCAGGACCCCGCCAAAGCCCCCAACAGCCCUGACAUCCUUGAGAUCGAGUUCAAGAAAGGGGUCCCCGUGAAGGUGACCAACGUCAAAGACGGCACCACCCACCGCACGUCCCUGGAGCUCUUCAUGUACCUGAAUGAAGUCGCGGGCAAGCACGGCGUGGGCCGCAUCGACAUCGUGGAGAACCGCUUCAUCGGGAUGAAGUCCCGAGGUAUCUACGAGACCCCAGCAGGGACGAUCCUUUACCAUGCUCAUUUAGACAUCGAGGCCUUCACCAUGGAUCGGGAAGUGCGCAAAAUCAAACAGGGCCUGGGCUUGAAAUUCGCCGAGCUGGUGUAUACGGGUUUCUGGCACAGCCCUGAGUGUGAAUUCGUCCGCCACUGCAUCGCCAAGUCCCAGGAGCGCGUGGAAGGGAGAGUGCAGGUGUCUGUCUUCAAGGGCCAAGUGUAUAUCCUCAGCCGGGAGUCCCCACUGUCCCUCUACAACGAGGAGCUGGUGAGCAUGAACGUGCAGGGCGAUUAUGAGCCCAUCGAUGCCACCGGCUUCAUCAAUAUCAACUCCCUCAGCUGUGACUCCAGAAACAGGCCCAGAGCAGUUAAGUAACCUGCCCACAGUCACACAGCUAGGAAGCCAUAUUGCUGAGUCCAGAAGGUGUGUCUGUCCAGCUCUGGGUGCUUAGCCACCAACUUCCUUCUCUCGGGACUUGGCGUUGGGUAGAAGGCACGAGUCUCUCUUGUCUCCCUGACACAUGCACUGGGCACAGAGCCACCAUUUUCCCCCAAAGCCAGGCUCUUGUCCCUGGUGCCGAGACCGAGGGAGACGCUGAAUCCAGCCUGACCUUCCCGGGCGCUCUCCGCUCCGACAAUCACCUCCGCCAACCCGCCUCCUUCGCCCUCUGUAUUUUAUGACUAUAAACCCUUUUUCAAUGGCUCCAAACACAUCGGGUUUUCAUAAUGGCCUCUUCAUCUCUCCCAUUGCCAGUUAAAUGCUUUGUCUUCAACAAUGCCAAGCAAUGUUUUCCCCCAAAGAUAAAUUAAUUACAUUAUCCUGAUUGGAGGGCAGGAGGGGCGGGGAGCAGGAGUGGGAACAGAGGGGGGGAAAAAAAGACAACUUCACACACACGCACAUCUUAACAAGCAGCUGCCCCCCGCCACCCGGGUUGGGCCCGAAUUAAUUGAACCGAGUGCAUGUUGUUAUUGUUAAUUUACAUUUUUCUUUGUUUUGAAUCUGGUUUACAGGCUGAAGGAAUAUCAUCGCCUCCAGAGCAAGGUCACUGCCAAAUAGACCGGUUGACAAUGAGGAGCUGGGCCGCCUCCUUUGCCCAUCU